AUGAAAACGGUUUUAUUUGUGUCUAGUUUGAUUGUUUUGGUUUCGGCAAAUCCGUUGGUUUUUCAGAAAUGUGAGUUAGGAUUUUGGAAGCGAUGAAGAAGACCGGCCUGAAACUAGCCAAAAUUUUUCUAAAAACCUAGGUUUCACACAGCCUAAACAAACCCUAAGCCUAACCUAAGGAAGCUAACAAGAAAAGUUUAAGUUUUCAAAAUUCUGGUAGACUUUGUGUGUCUGAAAAUUUUAGUCAGUUACAGUAAUCCUGGAAAACGUGAUUUGAGAAUUUUGUGAAUUUUCAGUGACUACAGUACUCUUCUAAAAUUUGUGAUCCACAUUUUUUUUGGAACCGUUUUUCUGAGCCUCUAAAAUUCGGCUGAAUCUACAGUAACCCUUUAACUGCGUGACCAAGUUUUUCCAAAUUUUUUUGAAACCAGGUGACUACAGUAAUCUGAAAGAAUUCUAGAAAAUAUGAAUUUCAGUAAAUUUUUUCUGUAAUUUUUCCAUUUUAAAUAAAAACUGAAAAUGAAAAUCUUAUAAUUUUCAAAAAUUUGAAAGAAAAAAAAUUUCCUGGCAAGUUUCCCACUACAGUAGUAAAAUAAAAAAAUUAUUCAAAUUUUCUGCAGCAUUGGUGGCAUUCAGCGAUGACGUGGCACGCAACAAACUAUUUCCUUUGGCGGCCGCCGCUUAUUCAUCAACACCACAAACGUGUAUGACGAAAAAGUUCACAAAUGCUCAGGUAACAUUUAUGAUGAUUCAUCAUUCUCUACAGUACUCCUUCUCUCUUUUUUUCGCUUUCUCAUUUGCAUAUACUUCUUAUUCAUUCAUUCAUUCAUUCAUAAAUUGCACCCUUUGCGGUCACCUUGGCGCCCGAAAAAAAGCCAACAAAAAACACCUGGUAGCAGGCAGAUUUGUGUCCUUGGAAGAAAAUUGGCCAGGGAACGCCGAAGAAGCGAUUAACAACAACAAUGUGUUUUUUAGCUUCGUCGUCAAGUAAAUGUGAAUUGUGACGCGGGAAGUAAAAGCGAUAUUUGUUCGGGUUAUUCGGCUGUGUUGGUGAAUGAUCAGGCGAUUGUUUUGAGCUUCAGGUUUAGAUUUGUGGGGGCAAAAUGGGAAUGGAGAUGGGAGGGUGGAACUUUUACGACUAAUCUGAACUUCACAAAUUCUAGAGCUAAAAAAUUGUUUGAAAAUCAAAUUCUGAAUCAGCAGAAUACAUGAAAUGUGAUUUUGUAACUUCGAAAUUUUAUAAAAAAAUUUAGAAUCACUAAAUUUCACCAAAUUUUUUAAAAUUACCUAAUUAAUUAAUGAACGCUCGUUUAAAAAUUGUUCAAAAAUAAGCUAUGACGUGGCAAAUCUACCGUACUUUUCAGAAAACAUUUCUAAAUUACCAUGUGAUUUUGUAACUUCAAAAGUUUCAGAAUCACUAAAUUUUAGCAAAAUCUUUUUAAUUACCUAAUUAAUUAAUCAAAGCUCGUUUAAAAAUCGUUCAAAAAUAAAUUAUAACGUGGCAAAUCUACCGUACUUUUCAGAAAACAUUCUAAAUUACCAUGUGAUUUUUUAGCUUCAAAAGUUUAUAAAAAUUUUAGAAUCACUAAAUUUCACCAAAUUUAUUUGAAUUACCUAAUUAAUUAAUUAAAGCUCAUUUGAAAAUUGUUCAAAAAUAAGUAAUGACGUGGCAAAUCUACCGUACUUUUCAGAAAACAUUUCUAAAUUACCAUGUGAUUUUGUAACUUCAAAAGUUUCAGAAUCACUAAAUUUCACCAAUUUUUUAAAAAUUACAUAAUUAAUUAAUUAAAGCUCGUUUAAAAAUUAUUCAAAAAUAAGUUAUGACGUGGCAAAUCUACCGUACUUUUCAGAAAACAUUUUUUUACUUCUAAAUUACCAUGUGAUUUUGUAACUUCAAAAUUUUAUUUAAAAAAUUUGCAAUCACUAAAUUUUGGCUAAAUCUUCUUAAUUAACUAAUUAAUUAAUUAAAGCUGUUUGAAAAUUGUUCAAAAAUAAGUCAUGACGUGGCAAAUCUACCGUACUUUUCAGAAAACAUUUCUAAAUUACCAUGUGAUUUUGUAACUUUAAAAGUCUGUAAAAAAUUUUAGAAUCACUAAAUUUCACCAAAUGUUUUUAAAUUACCUAAUUAAUUUGUUCAAAAAUAAGCUAUGACGUUUCAAAUCUACCGUACUUUUCAGAAAACAUUUUUUUUUGAAUUCUUAAUUACCAUGUGAUUUUAAAAGCUGUUUGAAAAUUGUUCAGAAUAGUUAUGACGUGGCUAAGUUACUGUAAUUUUUUGGAAAAAUUUGAAAAACUAAUUAAUUUUGAAAUUAAUUGAGACUGUUUUCUAGAUCAGAUUCAAGAAAUUUUUUUAAAAUAUUUCAAAACUUCCAGAGGAACUCAAAGUUUCAUGCAAUUAAUCGAAGAGGCUAAUGAAAGUGUUUUCUCCUCCCAAACUGCUUGGUCUGCUGGUGGAAAAGUCUCCAAAUACUUUGCCGAUGCUUUCAAUCUCAUCUGGACUUCUGGAAUGAAAGAUGAUUUCACAACUUUGAUCCACAAAUAUCCAAAUUACGAAAUCUGGGUGACUGGACAUUCUUUGGGUGGUGCGAUGGCUUCGCUGGCUGCAAGUUUCAUUGUCUCGAAUAAAUUAGUGACUGCUUCAAAUGUCAAAUUGAUAACUUAUGGGCAACCAAGAACUGGUAACACUGAUUUUGCAAAUGCUCACGAUGCUCAACUUCCAUAUUCUUUCCGUUUGACACAUAAUCGAGAUGUUGUUCCACAUAUUCCAAAUGAGGGAUUUGAAGGAUAUCAUCAUCAUAAGACUGAAGUUUGGUACAAAGAAUCAAUGUCAUCUGGAGCCAGUUAUACAGUUUGCGCUGAUCAACAAGAAUCCAACAAAUGUUCGAAUGGUUUAUUGAUUACCACAAGUGUUGAUGAUCAUACACAUUAUUUUGGAAAAGAAGUCAGUGCAUGGGGAAUUGCUGGAUGUAACUAA